GGGCCCACAAAAUACAUUUGGAAAGGGAGAAAAGAUUUUUUAAAAUAUUACAGCGCGGUAAAAAGCGCUGAUUGGAGGACGACCCAAGUGCCCCCUCUUCUGUUAAUUUAAUGAAAGCUCGUUUCUGUCGAUUCGGCUGAAUCUCCUCCCAGCACUGAGAUCGUAAAACACGUUGUGAACACGCCAAGGCUUAAAACCAGCGAAAAAAAUGCUUUUUUUCCUCUUAAUGAAUCCACUCAAACGAAUAGCACCUCUCCCAGAUUAACCUCUGUUGGGAGUCCAAAACGAAACAACGUACACGCAAACAAACAUGUAAAUGAAAGCUUGUUGUGUGUGCUCGCUCCUGCUCAUACCUCCUGCUCUGAAGGGACAGGAGAAACAGAUCCUGUGUUGUUUUCCUUCUCCCGUACCACCCUCGAGUGCUGUUAUUCGCAAUCCUACUUCUUUAUCGUCAGGGAUACUUGUCGACGGGUUUUAUUUAUUCCUUUUUAAGUUCGACGUUGCCUUCCCAGCUCGCUUUGCUUCUCCCAAGGUGGGAGUAACACGCAAGAAGGUCCAGCAGUUGCAGUACCUGUCCACCAUCUGUGCCAGGAAUGCGUAAACCCAGACGAUCGAAUCGGCAGAGUUCUUCAUCUGAACCUCCAGUGCCUCCAGAUAGCUAUAAAACACCUGGAUGAAAUCAGUAGGUGACGGCAGUCAAAGGGAGAAGAGAUCAGUCACGGCCGCUCCCGGUAACCUCCCCUGGCUGCUCCCCCCCCCGCGCCCGUGCACCCUGCACGCACCCCUUACUCCUCAAAAUGAUCCACGUCAUCAGAGCGCACAGGAUUCUGCUCCAAGGCUGAGCCGCUUUGAAGAGAAUAGAGAAUGUCUUCGCAUCUAAGAUGUGCCGGCCCUCCCGUUUUCAACGUCCAGUAAUAAUCUGAUUCAUAGCGUCCUGCUGCUGAGGAAGCGGCUGCCGUUAUUUACGAGGCACCAGUGAUGGCCGAUAUCAAAACCUGGCAAAUUUAAACUUUAAUGCCUCUGCUAGGGCAUCAUGCCUCUGAAAGGGUACGGUGGCUGGUGGGCCUCUGGAUAACGUAGCCGAAACCUGUGAUACGCGGCCUGGAAAGUAAAAAAAAAAAAUAGGAGCAGUUUGCGUAAAGGAGGGCUGUGAGUCCAGCGCACAUACCAGAGAGAAGGGAGUGAGGCUGCGCUAGGAACUCUGGAAUGAGCACAUCUUUGAAAACAUCUCGGCCGCUCCUGGCUGGAACCGAGACGUGGUGUUAUAAACACGCGUUUGACCAAAAUGAUCUGGAUGGAUGUGGCCCACAGGCUCAGCGAAAGGCCAUCCGCUGCACUUUGGUGAACUGCACAUGUGAGUGUUUCCAGCCGGGAAAGAUCAACCUGCGAACAUGUGACCACUGCAAGCACGGCUGGGUGGCCCACGCUCUGGACAAGCUCAGCACGCAGCACCUGUACCACCCGACGCAGGUGGAGAUUGUGCAGUCCAACGUGGUCUUCGACAUCAGCAGCCUGAUGCUGUACGGCACACAGGCGGUGCCGGUCCGACUGAAGAUCCUGCUGGACCGACUCUUCAGCGUGCUGAAGCAGGAGGAGGUGCUGCACAUCCUGCACGGCCUGGGCUGGACGCUGCGCGACUACGUGCGGGGCUACAUCUUGCAGGAUGCUGCAGGCAAGGUGUUGGAUCGCUGGACCAUCAUGUCCCGGGAAGAGGAGAUCAUCACCCUGCAGCAGUUCCUGCGCUUCGGGGAGACCAAGUCCAUCGUCGAGCUCAUGGCCAUCCAGGAGAAGGAGGGUCAGGCGGUCACGGUGCCCUCGUCCAAGACCGAUUCAGGCAUCAGGACGUUCAUUGAGAGCAACAACCGCACCCGCAGCCCCAGCCUUCUGACACACCUGGAGAGCAGCAGCCCAGCCUCCAGCAUCCACCACUUUGAGAACAUUCCCAACAGCCUAGCCUUCCUGCUCCCAUUCCAGUACAUCAACCCCGUCUCUGCCCCCAUGCUCGGCCUGCCCCCCGAUGGAUUAGCGCUGGAGCCGCCGGGCCUUCGACUGCGGGAGCCUGGUCUAGUCACUCAGGGUGAGCCUCUGGAGAGCACAGAGUCAGAAGUCUCGCUUUCUCCGUUCCGCGGUGCCCCAAGCCCGAGUCGUGGUGGUUCGUGCAGUGUUAUCGGCAUGGUGGAGCCCAAGGCUGAGCCGAACAGCACCUCCCCCGCACCUCCUGCCCCAAUUGCACAGCAGCCCCAGCCACCCCAGCCAGCGCAAAUCCAGCCGGCCCAGCAAGCUCAGCAACAGCGGCUGCCCAGCCCCCUGGAGGACCACCCCUCUCACCACCCUUUCUCCAAGAGUGAGCCACCUAAGACCGUCACCCAUUCCUCCUUCUCCUCCAAGAUGCACCGCAUGCGGCGCAUGGGCUCCACCUCCCGCAAGGGUCGCGUCUGCUGCACUUCCUGCGGCAAGACCUUCUACGACAAAGGCACGCUAAAGAUCCACUACAAUGCCGUGCACCUGAAGAUCAAGCACCGCUGCACCAUCGAGGGUUGCAACAUGGUCUUCAGUUCCCUGCGCAGCCGCAACCGGCACAGCGCCAACCCCAACCCCCGGCUGCACAUGCCCAUGCUGAGGAACAACCGAGACAAGGACCUCAUCCGCUCCACAGGCUCCGCCACACCUGUGAUUUCCAGUACGAAGAGUGGCUUCACCCUGACCAAUCCUGGGAGACCGCCACUGGGCUUUGGCACCCCACCUUUGGACCCUAUGCUGCAGAGCUCGCUGGUUUUCCCAUCCUUGAAGCCGGUACAGCCAGUACAGCCCGUGCCACCCUUCUACCGGAAGCUGUUGUCACCGGCUGACUUGGUGAGCAGUCUUCCCACCAGCCCCAUACUGCCCACCUCCACAAACAGCACCUCUCUGAUGGAGCAACAGGAACAAGUUUCAGCCGCAAAUUCCCACAGUGCCCUGGGCUCCGACUUAGGACACAUCAGUCAUAGUCUAUCUAAUUCGGGCCUCCAAGACCCUACCAUUGACCACAUGCCCAAGAAGAAGCCCCGUAAAUCCAGCAUGCCUGUGAAAAUCGAGAAGGAGGUGAUCGCAGUUGCUGACGAGUAUGACGACAAGGACGAUGACGAUGAUGACGGCUCCCCCCCGCGGCACCUGCAUAUCCACAAUAACAUCAACGGUAACUAUAAUAACAAUAACAACGGUAAUGGCGACCACCACAAUGGGGACAGCUGUCACCAGUCGCCAUCCCAUGAUGAGAUGAGCCCCGGCAUGGCUGUCCGAAGCACUCUGAGGCAGGAGCAGGAUGAGUACCGCAGAAGGGGCAUGGGCAACGAGCUCCGGUGUAUGGACAGCUACACAUCCGAGGACCAGGAUCACGAGAGGGACUUCGAUAAUGAGUCAGAGACCUCUGAGUCCAAGACAUGCUACCGGGACGAGUUGAUGGAGGCUGAGGAGCAGCGGCAUAUGAGCAGCCUCGACCGGGAGAAGGAGAUGGAAGAGGAUGAGGAUGAUCGUAUGAGGAAGGACAUGGAUGAUAACAGCCUUUCUUCACCCUCACCGCACCAGCCAGUCAUCAAGAUCAAGGAGGAACUGAGCGACCCCACUUACGAGAUGUUUUGCAUGAGCCAAUACGGACUUUAUAAUGGUAGCGCUGGGAUGGCCACUGCAGCCGCUGCAGCUAGCAUGGCUGCCCUGCAUGAAAGCUUCGUCUCCUCCAUGGGCUAUGGCUCCAGCCCACCCAAAUUCCCCUCGCACUCCCCUGACGGGGACCUGUGCUCCAGCCCCGACCCUAAGAUCUGUUACGUCUGCAAGAAGACCUUCAAGAGCUCCUACAGCGUGAAGCUGCACUACAAGAACGUGCACCUGAAAGAGAUGCACGUGUGCACCGUGGCAGGCUGCAACGCCGCAUUCCCCUCGCGCCGGAGCCGAGACAGGCACAGUUCAAACAUCAACCUGCACCGGAAACUUCUGACCAAAGAGCUGGAUGACAUGGUCCUGGACCCCCACGCGCCUCUACCACGGGACCUGCGUUCCGAAUUCCUGGCUAAGAUCUACGGAAGCCACCACCUGAGUUUGGAGACCAUGGGGGCGGGUGGAGGACCGCGGGGAUUUGGCCGCGACGAGCCCGGCUCGCCGGCAGGAGCUGAGUAUUCCCACGGCAACGGCUUCUGCAGGGGGGCGUCUGACGACUACGCGGUGCUGGACCUGAGCACUGCCUCCAGCGUCCAGUCCAGCGGGAGCGCGCACUCCUCCUCGCGGGAGUCGGACGAUGGCAGUGAUGAGGGAAUCCUCCUGGAUGAACUGGAGGGCGCCAGUGAUGGGGAGGGACCCGGCGGGGCCGCUGCGGGUGAAGGGGGCGAGUCGUCCUCGUCACCGACGCCACUGUCCAUGCCAGGGUCUGGUUUUGGGGGAGGCAUCGUGUGCAACAUCUGUCACAAGGUGUACAGCAACAAGGGGACACUGCGGGUGCAUUACAAGACGGUGCACCUGCGCGAGAUGCACAAGUGCAAGGUACCCGGCUGCAAUAUGAUGUUCUCCUCAGUCCGCAGCCGCAACCGGCACAGCCAGAACCCAAACCUGCACAAAAACGUGCCCUUUGCAGCCAUCGUGGACUAGCUCCCCACCCCUCCACUCCAGCUCCCCUCUCCCUCUUCGUUCCUCGGCCUGGACUACCAUACGUCCUGCUUCCCCUGCCGCUUUCUACGACUUCAUCAGCUUCCUCUUAGCGUGUAUUUACCACGUCUUUUCCUUCCAGAGCUGAUGGAUCUUUCGGCGCAUGUGUCGCUCAAGCGUGUGCACGGACACACGCGUGACACACGCGUGUCACACGGCCGCACAGACUCAGGCGGGGGGUCUCCACUCCCAGCUACCUUGACAUUGCCUUCCCUCCGCAAAGGGCAGAAUAACAUUCUCCGGAGCGCCCCCCCCCCUGCCCCCACCCCUCCAUCCUGGACCUCACCAGUCUCCGUGCAGAUGACCCACAUGUCUGCUCCCCCCCCCCCCACCUGGUCACCUCCAAAGAAUCUGUUCAGACUCUUCCCGUGACUGUUGCCUGCAGAAACGAUCGUAAUGAAAAGCGUACCUUCUUGAUGUAUUUGUGAAACGAAAACUUCUGAAAGAACGCCCCCCCCACCCCCCACCCCCGUGCAGAGCAUGACGCCUUCACCUGUAAAUAAUGUCCCAAGAGGCUCUCGAUGUUAAACGGUUGUGUUGAUGGUCUUUUUUUUUUGUUUGCUUCAUGUUGCCGCUGCAGUACUUCCAGCUCUUGGGUUGGGUGAGGAAAGUGGAUUUGCUAGACGUCUUAAACAGAAGACAAAAAAAAAAGAGAGAGCGAGUGAGAUUCUUUUUACCUUCCUGUUAAACAUUCUGCCUGCAUGCUUUCAGGCCGUACUGUCCUGCUCCUUCCUUUGUUUUGUUCUUUUACCGCUUCCACACACAAAUUUCCGUCUUGCACUUUGCAGCUCUCCCAAUGGAGGAGUGUAGAAUUCUCAAAAGGAAACAGGCAACAUCUGCGGUCCUGACCAGGACGAUCCACAGCCGCCGUAACAGAGGUUGGGGGUUUGAGGGUGGGCAGGGUUGGGGGGGUAGGGUUGCUGUACCUUUUGUAUAAAUAUAAACGUGCCAGUUUUGCACAAGUGUUUGGUUUUGAACCACAGUAUAAUGGUAUAAGAUCCAUACUCGGCCAACAUAUCGAUUUUAACGUCCAGCCUAAGAAAACACGUAUCCAGUAAGACUGCUCUAAGUUAAGAGUAAUGUCCAGAAAUGCAAAACGAACUGAGUGUAAAACAUAAAAGUAUUAUAAUGUUUGUUUUUAUGUUGUGUUCCGUUCAGGAUGUAUGACUGUAAACGUGGUAUGACGAGAAUUAGCUCCGAGGUUUUAGUAGACGAUCCGUCAGCUGCAUGUACUGUUUGUGAUCCCCCUUAUUAUACGGUUCUUGAAUGUUAGAGAUUUCGAUGUAAAGCGAAACGGCGUCAAGGAGGCAGGAGCAGCCGCAGUGACUUAGGCCGUGACCCGGAAAGCGAGCCAGCAUUAGCGUCUCCCGCGUGCACCCGGCCGCGUCCGACAAGUACCGCGCACUUACGUAUCAAGCCUUCGCUGUGAUCUGUCCGCCGGGUCCUUUCUGCCUCGCCCCGGAACACGUUCCCAGUGGAACGCCUAUUAUACAAAAGCUGAAUCAUUCCCAGACGCAUAUACAUCCACGUCCAAUGUGAAACUUACGGUACAAGAAAAAUUGUGUCUGGCCAGAGGGGAACGUUGACGAUGGAGGAAUAUUUAUUUAAUCGUUUUUCUUCCGAGCAAAAACGUCUGAAAGGGGGAGAGGAGAGGGCUCCCCUGACAUGCCCGCCUGGAGCAGUGCUUUUGAAGGACCCAUUGUGGCCCAUCGUUUUGUUCUUUGCUUGACCGCAACAGAAGCUUCAGUGUGUCGGGGGUGUAAUUAAAGGGUUCUUGAGGUUCCAGAGGGCUGUUCUUGUCCAUGAAGAGGAACUUCGUUGCUCCAGCCCAUGGUCCAGAGAGUGAAUUCUGUGACCCAAAAUGCCGGGUUUUUCACUCGAGUCCUUUCCGCAAAGUCGGUAGAGGGGUAACUAACUUCGUCACUCCUACCAUCACUCGCACGCAAGGAUAGAUUCUACAACAGAGGUUCUGGCAAAACGUAACAGUAUUUACCUUUAAUUUUCUAUGCAGUUUAGACGUCAUCUCAGUAUUUUGUUUUGUUGUGAGUCAAAAAAAAUCUUGCUGGGAAAUGCACCAUGCAGCCCAGGUGGUGACCCAACAUACAGAGGUUGUGCUUUUCUCCCGGGAAUGACAUCAGUUAUCUGCAGGAGUCACUGCAUACUGCAGAGUCGCAUAUGUGAUUCAUGGCGACUAAGCCGCUAUAUAGUUUCCAUGUGCAGGACGGGAAAAACAAUGCAUUCUGAAUUAGGCCAUGACAGCAGAGGGUGUGACAAUGGAGUACCUGAAUGUCCCAUUAAGAGUGAACCUGCAAUUGUGUCCUUGCUGAAACGGCCAGUUCUAUCGACUCCUGUUCUUUAGUUUUUCUGUAGGGACUCGAGAAUGAGCAGGAGAGGCCAGGUCAGAUGUGGAGAGCGUCUUUAAAACCCUCUCGUGCUGUAACCCCUUUGGUCCACCUUGUGGUCGCAACCAUAUUUCACUCUCCGAAGACAUGGCCGGUGCUGUGAGCUCAUACUCCCCUGCUUCCUGCUGUGGCCGCUGGCCCCGGCAACCCGGCGCACACUAUCGCCAUACACACACCGCGGCCUUUUUGGCCUUUUCUGUCUGGCACAGAAUGCCUCACAGGAUCAGAGACUAUUUGUUGAUACCUGAGUUCAGCUGGUCGCCAUCUUUGUGUAGGAAGUGACGGGUGAGUAGCGGUUUAGUGCAGGACGACGAAGCCACAAAUCUCGUCAUUUUCCCACCACGCACCGUCCCGCCCCCCACUCCCAAUUGCAGCAAGAUGACUUGUUAACCUUUAAUGAUGGACGGGGUGCAGGAGUGGGUGGGACAUGAACCAUCACUGGCUUCACCUAGCACACCCUACUUAUGAUGGAAAGGGAUUGACCACGGGGGGGGGGGGGGGGAGAGAGAGAGAGGGGUCACUCUCAAGAAGAUUGUGAUGGAUGACAGUGAAGUCAAAGGUCAGCGGUUCAGGAUAUGGGGGGUCACUUACGUUAAUCACGGAAACGUCUCUCUGAACCAUGGCGAGCAGUUUGACAUUGUUAAGGCGGAACCGUUGGAAAUAUCGACGCUGUUAUAGAAGAGAAAAUGGCUCUUAGGUUUUGUUCUGCCACCCGAAUGACAUGACUUUGAAACAGCGGUCAGAGAACAUGGUCGAUUUUUUUCUACAUACCCCUCUUCCCCAGACUGGGUGUGAGAGGUUCUGACAGCGUGGUCCAGCUGUGGUGCUGUUAAUCGGCCGAGGAGUAGCCUGUGACAUGAAACAGCCAAGUGUCGGACUGGCCCCAGAAGCCACUGGGGGGGUUGGGGUUGGUGGGGGCACGGACAUGAUCCUGCUGUUCAGAGAGGGAUCGCUGUCAUGCGUUUCAAUCCAAACGACUCCCUCCAAAAGGACAAGAUAUUUACUUCAUCGAAGAGGUGCCCAACCAUGACGGGGUGGGGCGUGGGGGGGCCAUUACUGUCCCACAAAGCAUCCCAGCACACAGGUGAAGCAAGGUAGCUUUUAAGAGCUGGUAUGGGCCGAGUGAUGCUUCAAUAUUUAAUGAGGGAGCUGUCAGCCCGAUCGUCGUGGGAUGACAGCGGUGACCCAUUACAGAUACCCUCCACCUGUCACCUCCACUUACGUCACGGGUGAUGAGCGCAGGACACGCGGAGGGGGGGCGGGGGGUGGCGGGAUACUGUCCGGGAACCAGAAGGACUACGAUAUACGAAUUCCGGAACAAUCUAGAGGGAGGCGGGGCUUUGAUACCAUUUGUCGGUCUGUGUUUUGUUUCACCAAACAGCGGGGCCUGUAAAAUUUCCUUUUAUACAUCAAACUGGCAUCCAGAAUGGGCUUCCUGCGAAAUUAAGCCCCCCCCGUUAAUAAUGAACUGUUUAUCAUGGAGUCCCACCGAUUCGGAUGUGUCCCAAUGAUGGCCAGUCAUUCUGGAAGCUUCUCCCGCCUCGGCCUCCGAAAUGCAUUCCUCCCUGCGACGCCCCCCUCCCCGUCCAAAAAAGAAAGUCGAAGGUUUUACGCUUUUAGUCCUUUCUUAUUACGGAGAACAAAUAAGCUUGAACGCGUUUGUGAAUACCUGUUUUUUUUUUUUUUUUUUUUAACGUUUGAAUUCCAUCGUAAGCGUCUCGUUUGUGACCGCGCCCCUUGACCGCGUCGUCCCCAUGCACGCUACGCUCCCGCUGGCUAGGCUAGUCCACAAAGUGCAUCAGUGUCAGGGAUGCUUGCUUCACUUCGAUUUUAUAAUGGUGACAUUGGUAGCUUCAUGAAUACUGUAUGUGACCUAAACAGUCUUUUCUUUCCAUUAGUAGACUGAGGGGGACAUUGGCCCCUUUUUAAUUGAUUUUACUUUCCUUGUACUUUCUGUAUCAUAACUGUCUAUUGUUUUGCAUAAAAUGCAUAAGGGUUUUGGGAUGUAAAUGGAAUUUUAUUCAUAUUUUGUCCAAAUACCUCUUGUAAUUUGUAUCAGAAUUCUUGUACAAUUUUUAUAUUAAAGAUUUAUCAGUCACUGGCA